AUGAGCGGACUUCGCUUCCUCGAUCUGAUUAAGCCCUUUACGCCCCUCCUUCCGGAGGUGGCUGCGCCCGAGACCAAGGUGCCCUUCAACCAGAAGUUGAUGUGGACUGGGUUGACCCUGAUGAUCUUCCUGGUCAUGAGCCAGAUGCCCUUGUACGGCAUUGUCUCCUCCGACACCUCGGAUCCCCUGUACUGGCUCCGUAUGAUGCUGGCCAGUAACCGGGGUACCCUGAUGGAGUUGGGUAUUACCCCUAUCAUCUCCUCCGGCAUGGUGUUCCAGCUCCUCGCUGGUACCCACCUCAUCGAUGUCAACCUCGACCUCAAGACCGACCGUGAGCUGUACCAGACCGCUCAGAAGCUCUUCGCCAUUAUUCUCUCCUUCGGUCAGGCCUGUGUCUACGUCCUGACUGGUCUCUAUGGCCAGCCCAGCGACCUUGGUGCCGGUAUCUGUGUUCUGCUGAUUGUCCAGCUUGUGGUGGCCGGUCUGGUGGUCAUCCUUCUGGAUGAGCUCCUCCAGAAGGGAUACGGUCUUGGAAGCGGUAUCUCGCUCUUCAUCGCGACCAACAUUUGCGAGUCCAUCGUCUGGAAGGCGUUCUCCCCCACUACCAUCAACACUGGCCGUGGUCCCGAGUUCGAGGGUGCCAUCAUCGCGCUGUUCCACCUCCUCCUGACCUGGCCUGACAAGCAACGCGCUCUGCAGGAGGCCUUCUACCGCCAGAACCUCCCCAACAUCAUGAACCUCCUGGCCACUCUCCUCGUCUUCGCCGCCGUCAUCUACCUCCAGGGCUUCCGUGUUGAGAUCCCCGUCAAGUCCUCCCGCCAGCGUGGCAUGCGCGGUUCCUACCCCGUCCGUCUCUUCUACACCUCCAACAUGCCCAUCAUGCUCCAGUCUGCCCUCUGCUCCAACAUCUUCCUGAUCAGUCAGAUGCUGUACUCUCGCUUCUCGGAUAACAUCCUCGUCAAGCUUCUCGGAGUCUGGGAGCCUCGCGAAGGCUCCGCUCAGCUCCACGCUGCUUCGGGUAUCGCCUACUACAUGUCCCCUCCCCUUAACUUCAAGGAGGCUCUUCUGGACCCCAUCCACACGGCGGUCUAUAUCACCUUCAUGCUCGUCGCCUGUGCCCUCUUCUCCAAGACCUGGAUUGAGGUGUCCGGCUCCGCUCCCCGCGAUGUUGCCAAGCAGCUCAAGGACCAGGGUCUCGUCAUGGCCGGUCACCGUGAGCAGAGCAUGUACAAGGAGCUCAAGCGUGUCAUUCCCACUGCGGCUGCCUUCGGUGGUGCCUGCAUCGGUGCCCUCUCCGUCGCCUCCGACCUCCUCGGUGCUCUUGGUAGCGGCACCGGUAUUCUCCUUGCCGUGACUAUCAUCUAUGGCUACUUUGAAAUUGCCGCCCGUGAGGGCGAUAUCGGAUCGGGCCUCAAGGGGCUCGUUCCCGGUAACUAA